AUGCCCUCCGAGGCAUCGCGGCCUCUCCUGCUCCCCCAAAACCGAAAACUGCGGCAUCUCCAAGGCAUAUACCUCCGGAACCUUACCCUCACUCGUCCGCGCGGCCAAACAAUUGACGAUACAGCUCUCAACAAAACAUCCCAGAAACGCGAGCCCCAGCUCCACCAUGCGCAGUCCUCGGAUGAAUUGCGCCCGACGCAGAAGGGGAGGAGGAGGAGCUCAAACUGGGGGGCUGCGAGCCCGGUGUCAAGACAGAAGAAGCUGGAGGAUGUGAUUGAUGCGCGCAUGGCGGAUACGUUCUUUACGUUGCAUGUUGCGGGACGGGAAUCCGAUGAGCCUGUGUAUAUCAGUGAGGUGGUGGAGAAAGCCAUGAAUCCCACCUUCCGCUUCUUCGAUCUCUCGGAAAUGGGACCAGGUAUCAGCCGUUUGAAUAUAGUUACGGUCCGGAUCUGGGUGAAGAGGGAAGACUUUGUCCCGCUCAUUGAAGAAGAGGUUAAUCUGCAGAGCUUGCAGUUUAUUGGCAGGCUGGAGAACCAUGCCUUUCCGCCGAAUUGUAUACUUUUCCAGCUUGUGGAUGGGAUCUAUACUAUUGAGUUGGCUUCGAAGCCUCCGAAGCCAAAACCUGCUCCGGUGGCACCUACGUCGAGUUAUAGUGCGCUGAUGCGGCUUUCGAAUUUGGACGAGUCAAUACAGGAUGCGCUGGCUACGAGGGAGGAAAUUGCGAGUCAGAUCAAUGCUAUCUUGAAAGAUAUGCCGGUAGAUGAAUCACCUCAAGCAAGGGAAGAGGCAGCGCUUGCCUCGAGAUACGUUGCUUCUGAGAAGAAAUUGCUGAAGCAAUCCAUUCGGAGACGGGCUGAGCUCAAAGCUUCGAUAGCUGCGAGGAGGAAAGCAAUACAAUCAGGCAAAGAAGCCCAGGAGCGGGUAAUGGACGACAUCAACAACGCCCAAGAGAAACUUGCAAACUGUAAAGAACUUCUCAGCACUACGACCACAGAAAUCCAUCAACAGCGCCGCCGAAUCUGUGAAGAGCUCCUUGCGAUUUUCCCCAUCGAGCCAACUAGUUCUCCACUCCUCUUCACCAUCUGCUCCCUCGCCCUCCCAAACUCCCACUUCGACGACGCAGACGAAGACACCGUCUCCGCGGCCCUCGGCCACGUGGCACGUGUCGUAGAUAUGCUACAAUACUACCUCUCAAUCCCCCUCCCCUACCCCAUCACAGCCUACGGCUCCCGUUCCAUAAUCCAAGACUACAUCUCCAAACUGCAAGACAACCAACGUACAUUCCCGCUCUACAACAAAGGCACAUUACGCUUCCGCUUUGAAUACGGAGUAUUUCUGUUGAAUAAGGAUAUCGAGUGCUUGGCUGAGAGCCAGGGACUAAAAGUGCUGGAUAUCAGGCAAACGCUACCGAAUCUGAAAUACUUGUUGUACGUAUGUAGCGCUGGGACGAGCGAGCUGCCGGCGCGGAAGGCGGGGGGUGUAAAGGGGCUACUGAUGGUUGGUAGUGGGAGGGGAAGUGAUGGCGCUAGUGUGCUGAGUAGGAGUGGUAGCGCGGAUAGUAAUGCUGGGGGCGUGAUUGGGGAGCAGGUUAGGAGGGCGUUGGAAAAUGGGGGCAAAGAAGGGAAAAGUUCAAAUGGUAAUGGCGUGUAUAGUUUGAGGACAAGUGGGUUGAGGGAGAAUGUUAUCAAAUGA